UAUGAUUUCCUUUUGAUUCGUUGGAUUAGGUUUCGAUUUCUAAUCUGUGAACAGAUCCUUGUGAUUUCUAGGGUUUUUAGUCAUAUCCGCAAUCUCCUCAUCACGCGACCGCUGCGUUAAGAUCCGUGUGGUUUUUGUGAUUUCUAGGUCAUAUCCGAUGGGUACAAAUUCAGAGAAAACUCUUGCUCUUUCAGAACCGGAAUCAGGCUUACGAAUUCCUGCGCUCAACAUGAAUUUCAAUUUUAAUCCCUCAGACGUGGAGGACCUUGCCAAAAAACCAAAGUUCCAGAAAUUGCUUAAGAAAUUACUGGCUAAAGAGCCUGUUAAUGACGACGAGUGGCAGAGAUCUAUUCCAGUUAAACUGUUAAAAGAACAUAUACCUGGGUUCGACCUAGAACAGUACAUUGACGAAAUUCGUGAGAUGGAGAGGGAACCUGGAUAUAUCAAAGGGAAGGAGACGUUUUUUAACCGCCUUCAGGAUCCACCAAUGUCUGUUUGUCCCGUUGACGUGAACAAUCCAGCAGCACCGGACGCUUAGAGCUUUUACCGAGCUCAUGAUAUCAAUCACUGUUACAAUUCUGGUUUGAUGUUUUUUCUCAUGGUUGUAGUAAAUAUUACUAUCUUCUCUGUAAAAGAUAUAUAAUCUUCCACCUUUCCAUUCGUUGGGGUCUCCGUCACUUUUCUUACAACCAUUCUCUAUCACCAUCAUCCUUCGUUUUUGUUA